ACCGUCAGAAUUUCGUUUUUCGUUUGUAUGCAUAAAGAGAGUUUUAGUGUGUGAAAUAGGUACACUUUGGACGCAUUGGUAUAGGAUUUGUGGUCGUGGAUUAAUACAGUCCCACAACUGCUAGGAGUUCAUUUGAUGUUUUGUCAUUGCCUUCGCCAUCGUCGGAGCGCAUUUGAUAAGUAUUGAGCAGUUCUGUGAUUCUGCCUCGUAAGCGUUUGCUGUAGCUUUGUGUUGUGUUACUGUUCUGUUUUAUUUACGUACUGUAUUAAAAUGGCUGAUCAACUUACAGAAGAACAAAUAGCAGAAUUCAAAGAGGCCUUUUCAUUGUUUGAUAAAGAUGGUGAUGGCACAAUCACAACUAAAGAAUUAGGUACUGUAAUGCGAUCUCUUGGCCAAAAUCCUACUGAGGCCGAAUUACAAGAUAUGAUAAAUGAAGUAGAUGCUGAUGGAAAUGGCACAAUAGACUUUCCUGAGUUCCUUACUAUGAUGGCACGAAAAAUGAAGGAUACAGAUAGUGAGGAGGAGAUUAGGGAAGCCUUCCGUGUCUUUGACAAGGAUGGAAAUGGAUUUAUCAGUGCGGCGGAGCUUCGCCAUGUUAUGACAAAUCUUGGGGAGAAACUUACAGAUGAAGAAGUUGAUGAAAUGAUCAGGGAGGCUGAUAUUGACGGUGAUGGCCAAGUUAACUAUGAAGAGUUUGUAACAAUGAUGACAUCAAAGUAAAUAAAUAUUGGUUGUAGAGAAAUGGAGCACUGUCCACAUCAGCGGGAUACAGUGACUGUAUUAAAGCUUUAAGAAGUUCAGAUUCUUUUUACUUCUUUCUAUUUUAAUGUUCAUGUACAAAAACUAGGAAGUAACACUCUAUCAGUCAUCUGGUGUUACUCUUGUAAAAACAUUUUUGUACCAUAUUCAAGGGCUGCAAGAUGCACUUGUGAUGUGUGAAUGAUCUGUUAAUCUCAUUUUAACUUUUCAGCUUCUGUAAAUUAAAAGUGAAAAUUUGUUCUAUCAUGCUUUUGCUGUUUGUAAAGUUAAACUACACAUUCCAUUAAUCUAAUUAAUUUCAUAUGUUCUUUGAUUUGUGACCAUUUUGUUUCUCUAAAACUUUAUUUAAGUUAACCAGUGGAAUCUUGCAGAACUUAUUGCUUGCUACGUGCGAGUGCAAGGUUGUUCCUCACAUGCACGUUAAAACUUUUCAAUAAAAAUUCUCUCGAGAGACUAUCUAUUUA